AUGGACAACUUAACACAGGUUCAGCACGAUGAUCCACACGACUCCAGUCUUCCAGAAGGCGCGGUGCUGCUGAACUCAGCUUCUGAGGCCGGUAACUGGCAUCUGGUCAGAGAUGUCAUCUCCGAUGCUGACGUCUCACCCAGCGGCAUCAGACAGUCUUUUCUCUUACAGAAACUGGAGUCUGCGACUGUUGAUCAUCAUCUUGUCAGAGACAUUCUCAAGGAAAUAUUUUCAAGCGAAGCAAGUGUUCGGACAAUGAAAAGCAUCGCCCAAGACGUUUUAAUAAAAGCGGCUCACUGUGACAACUGGGAAUUCCUGAUUGAUUUUCUCCUGACGACUGAAUCCUUGUUUGAUGAUGAGACCUCCCUGCUGUCAGUAGUACGUCUGAUGGCUUCAAGUCAGAUGCUUCAGGCAAAUCCUUUCCUACAUAUGGACGUUUUUAGUGCACUGUGGAAACAUGCAAAUCAGAAGAUUAUCGACAGCAAAGACAAUGGUGUUCAAAACACCUUGGUACAGAUGGCGGCGGAACUCAACAUGUGGUCACGUGUCUGUGACCUUCUCGUCACCAAACCGGAUCUGAACCUCCUCGACAGGGAAGGUCUGUCAGUCCUACACAGACUCGUCAUGUGUCCUGACAGCAGGUUCGACUCUCUUCUUCCGGUUGUUCUGGAAAAUGGCGCCGACGUCCACAUCAAGACCAAAAAGGGAGACACAAUCUUACAUCUGACUGCAAAACAUCAAAAGAUCACUACGUCACUUCCGCCUUUACACUUGCCAGACAGCAAAGACCAGGAUAAACGAGAGCAGGCUAAGACCAAGAUUUUGGAAGAAUAUCGCAGUCAAUGUGCUGAGUCCAAGCGUCAGUUACUAGCAAAGCUGAUUAGUUCUUGUCAGAAUUUAGACGAUCAAGAUGACUUAGGGAACACGGCGAUGAUUGUGGCUGCAAAAACCGACAACUGGGAGUUUAUGAAACUACUUCUGGAACAUGGAGCCCGUGCUGAUAUUGUUGACUUGUAUCAAAGAUCAGUGCUGCAUAUACUUGCUACCAAACAAACUUUUACAGAUGCCUUGGCGUGUAGAAACCUUGUUGCUCUGUGUUUGAGUAGAGGGGCUGAGGUGAACAGCCGAGAUGUGUACGGGAAUUCAGUGCUUCACCUAACUGUGCAGUCCAGACACUGGAUUCUGUUUGAAUUGCUGAUAGAUUGUGGAGCAGAACCUGGACAUGUAGAUAGUGAAGGCUACAACGUUUUCCACAGACUGGCCCUAACUGAAGGAGAAAACACAGAAAACAUAUGUUUAUUGUUUUCACUGUUGUGCUUGAGAUAUUCCUACCUAGAUACUUUGUGUCGAGCGGGUUACACAGUGUUACACAUGGCUGCGAGUCAGCAGAACUGGACACUCGUCAGACACCUUGUGCAUCUCGGGGCCAGCAUAAAUCUUUAUAAUAAAGACGGCUUCAAUGUUUUACACAUCGUUGCCAUGACGACUACUUGUACUCGGAAAGGCGAGCAAAAUGUAACCAAUGAAUCAAUCGAGAACGACCAAACAGAGUUAUUAUCUAUCGUCGAUCUUCUCAUCGAAAAAGGAGCUGACAUCGAGAUACGCUGUUCGAAAGGGGACACGGCGCUCCAUCUGGCGGCCAAACGGGAAAACUGGAUCAUGGUCAGCUACUUGAUAGAAAGGGGAGCAAACUUGAAUGCGAUGGACAGCAAGGCUGUUGACGAAUAUCAAACCGUAUUCUUCAUCCAUCGGGCUGCUGCUGCUGGAAAUAUCGAUGUUGUAGAUGUACUGCUCAACAGCUUUGAUGAUGUCAACAUCACAGACUGUAACGGUUUCACACUUCUACACAAAGUGUCCCAGUGCUGUUCGUCAUCGUCAGUGGCUGUCAUUCGAGGUCUUCUCAUUAAAGGAGCAGAUAUAGACAAGAGAUGUCCAGGUGGGGAUACAGCACUUCAGUUGGCGGCUAAGAGUGGUAACUGGCUGGGUGUCCUACACUUAGCACAGUCUGGAGCGAGAACAGAUUCCCUUGACAACGAAGGGAUGUCUGUCUUACAUCGACUUAUUCAUCAGCUGCACCUGUAUUCAAAAUCGCCAAAGAACAUCUUAACCGAAGAAAGUCUCGCCGUCUUACUAUUUAUUUUUACCCAAAAUGUGUUGACUAAUCAAAAAGAUCUCCAUGGCAACACUUUUCUGCAUCUGGCUGUCACCUAUAAACAGUGGCACUUGGCAGUAGGGUUGUUAACCAGAGGUGCGUCGCUCGGUGAACGAGAUUCAGAGGGAUACACAGCAUUGCACAGACUUGCCCAGAUGCAGCCUUGCCCUAAAGAUGAGAUGGAAACCUGCAGCUUCUUGAAAAUGCGUUACAGUCAUCUAGACAUCCUUGAUUUCAUCGACGGAAGAGUUUUUAUCGACGCUCGUGAUCCCUAUGGUAACACAGCUCUUUUGUUGUCGGCGGAAAACAACAACUGGGACAUCUUCCAAAAGCUGUUAUUGAAAGACGCAAAUCCUUGUGUAAAGGGCUGCAACGGCGUAACACUUCUGCAUCUUCUGGCGAAAGCAAAAUGGAGUAACGAUGGACGGGGGAGCGAAGGUUUGCUUUGCCAACUUCUUAAAAACCUGAUCUUACAGAAUCUUGAUGUCAGUGCGCGAGACCCAGAAGGCAACACGCCGAUACAAGUUGCUGCUAAGCACGGGAACAUGGACAUGGUGGAGCGGCUCUUGGAGUUUCACGACAACGUCAACGAGACUGACAGCGAGGGCUUCACCUUGUUGUCGAGAGUCGCUCAGAGCUUGUCUCCCAGAUGUGAGAGGGCAGAUCGUUACUGCAGCUUGCGGUCGCGGGAAGACUGUGGAGAUCAGUUGAAAAGCUACUUGAAGAUGGAGCAUACACUGAUCCUGAGCCUCUACUGGGAGAAUCUGUUUUUCAUGGCUUUGCAGACUGGGCCAUAA